UGAUUAUGAAAUAUCUUUAUCUCCAUGUAGAAAGCUUGAAGCUUUUCCAAGGAAUGGGGGAGGAAAAAACAUCCCCAGAUGCUGUAGGAGCAUAAAUCUGUGCAACCUUGGAGCAAGCCUCCUCAACCACUGUCUUCAGCCGUGAAAAAAAUCUUUGUAUGUAUGAUUCAGCCCAGUAACAUGAUGAAUGUUGGCCUAAACUACAAAUUCAUCAGUGCAGUAACAAUGUCCUAUUUGAAAAUAUGAUCUUACCUUUAACUUAAUUUUAUUUGACGCUUGCUUCUCUGCAGCUGUUCAUCACUAACUGCUAAAACUGACUCUCCCUGCCUUUGUAAUUCAAACCUGCUUUGUUACGGGUUUGAAAAUGUAUGUUUUGUUUCCCCCUCAAGCUCUGCUACUUACUCAAGCCAUUAAUUUGUUACUCUAGCCAAAAUAUGUAAGUGGAUAAAAAUCCACAGCAUGAAGCUUGUCUGGGUGCUUUUUCUUCCCUUUAGGUAUUAUUACAUAUUUUUAUAACUUUCCAAGGUAAAAAUUAUUUUCUGAUAGUCACUUAGCUGUAUGUAUUAUGCAUGCUAAGGGUAGCUAAGACCUGUUCAAAUAUAAGAUUUUGAAAUCUUCUGAAGGGCCCUUCCUUCAGCCAGGAAUCCCAGGGGUCCAAGCCCAUUUUCUCAGAACAGGGUGACAACUUCAGUCACUUUUUGGCAGCCUUAUCCAAAGUCUUGCACUGGAAGAACAGAAGAAAGGAUGCCAAUAUAUUUCCCGCUAAAUUAUUAUGCCAGAUCACUUGACUGCAGCAGACAGCAUGCCACCUGCUAAAGCUGUAUUUGGAAUACCUGCACCUCGCUGAAUUUAGGUAUGCAAAGAGCUAACAGUGUUACUGAGGCUAGCACCAUAUUCUGUAUUCCAGCACAUGGUAAAUUCAAUACAGAUUUUCCAAGCUAGUGGGUAUUAAUCCCUGCUAGCCAAGUGCAAGCUGCUCAAAUAGUAAAAACUGUAUGUAUGUUUCUCACGAGUAUGGUGAAUUUGCCUGCUAAGUAAUUGGGUUGAAUUGUAGUAUCUGUUUUCAGAAAUGGCAUUAUCCAGACUUGCACUUUUUUUUUUAAUGGUGGUGUACGCACAGCUGUCUUUUUCUCUCACCCCAUUCUGCCAAGUUUUAUGUGCUUAAUUUAAGGUGACGGGUCAUUUCACUGAAGCCAGCAAAACUGCUAAAAUGCUACACUCAGCCCAAAGAAUGUGGGGGGAGGGUUAGGUUUUAAAAAGGGAACAGCUUCUAGUGCAUGAAACUAAAUGUGUCUGUAAGACUGGGGCUCCCAGGCUAAUUCAAGCAGAUGUAUUAGUGCAAAACAUGUUUUCUUUAGAAAAAGCAUCUUGCUUUACAAUAGAGCAUAUAGUUUUUUUCUGAAUUACUUUAAAUGUUUUAUGAAAUACAGUGUGGCAUGCUGUGUCUUCAUACCCAUUAGAAGGUGGCAUAAGAAUUUAUCUUUUUUUUUUGUUAGACAAAAUACUAAUGUUUAUGUUAUUAGUCACCACUGCAUGUGGGAAAACUAACUAUAACCAGUCAUUAAAAAAAAUAAAAAGCAUAACUUGUAUAUGUAUAUAUGUUAAGAAUUAACCCUUGUUAUAACUCUGCAAUGUUUAAAGGGCUAGCUGGUAGCCACUUCAGACUGUAAAUUUUUAAUAAAACUGAACAAUGGGAAAGCUGCUUAGAUAAGCUAGAAUUUUACUUCUGUCUUAGCUUUUAAGCACUUUUUUUGGCCAGUGAUCAUGUUUCACAAAGCGGGGAGGGGGAUGGUGGGACACACAGGGAGAGAUUAAGACUGUGAAGUCAUCCUGCGAAACCCACAGCUGAGCUGAUCUCAGAACUGGCAAACUCCUUAUCCCUGGUUUGUUGAUGUAAUGUAUAAAUUUGCUUUUUUGCUUUUAACUGCCUUUACUUUCUGAGCUAGGGGCUGUCUUCAUUAACAGCAAAAGUGUUACUUUGUUGUAGAUGACAGAUAAGCCUCAUCACGGGAGAGUUACCUAGUUCGUCUACAAGUUCAAAAUGUAGAGAAACCUCUCUACCGUGGGACCUUCCAUUGCUUUCAGUCCAUCAUAAAGCAAGAAUCUGCUUUUGGACUCUAUAAAGGUAUUGGGUCACCCAUGAUGGGACUUACCUUCAUUAACGCACUUGUGUUCGGUGUACAAGGUAACACACUACGUGCUCUUGGAAAAGACACUCCUCUAAACCAGUUCCUUGCAGGGUCAGCAGCAGGGGCUAUCCAGUGUGUCAUCUGCUGUCCCAUGGAGUUGGCAAAGACGAGAAUGCAGCUUCAAGGAACAGGCGAAUACAAACUAAAAACGAAGAACUACAAAAAUUCUCUGGAUUGUUUGAUCAAAAUCUAUCAAAAGGAGGGGCUGAGGGGUAUCAACAGGGGCAUGGUCUCUACAUUCAUAAGGGAGACUCCAAGCUUUGGCUUUUACUUCCUGACCUAUGACUGCAUGACCAGGUAUUUAGGCUGUGAAGCCGAAGACAGUUACGUUAUUCCCAAACUGCUGUUUUCUGGGGGGAUGUCAGGAAUUGUGUCCUGGCUCUCAACUUAUCCUGUGGAUGUGAUCAAAUCCCGGCUCCAGGCUGAUGGAGUUGGAGGUGUUACACAAUACAACGGCAUUGUAGACUGCAUCAGAAAGAGUUACCAUGAAGAAGGCUGGAGGGUGUUCACAAGAGGUCUUACUUCUACACUGCUCCGUGCUUUUCCUGUCAACGCAGCUACCUUUGCUACUGUCACUGUGUUCCUGAUGUAUAUGAGGUCAGAAGACAACCUUAAUGAAUGUGAACCUGGUCCAGUAAUCCAGCAGCCUUCCAGUUUGUGAACCUUGUCUGUUCCUUCUCCUGAUCCAAUGCCCAGCUGGUUGGCUUUUUUUUUUUUUUUUAAAUGUGAACACUUGACCUGCAAAAGUGGUGUAAAUGUAUGCUAGCUGUAUAAUGAACUCCUAAACAUGUCAGAUUAGGAUUUCAUCUCAUUACUUGUAUAAACAGUAUAUUGCCUUAUUCAGGACUUCACAUCUAGUAGUAUCCAAGGAAGAUGGGGACCUGCUUUUAGAAAGUACUGUACAGUUGCAGUUGUGGCUCCAGAAGAGGAUCUAGAGAAUGUGGUAGUACCAGAAAUCAGGUUUUCUUCCACCCAUGUUCUGAAUGACUGAGUUGAGUUGAAUGCAGAAAUGUUUUCAGAACAGGAAUGUUCUUUUUUGUAUGUAGCCGGAGUAAGCAUAGUCCUCUAAGGUGAAGUGGGAGGAAGAUAUUCAAUCUUGGAGACAUUUUGCAGGUAACCCUGAACUGCUCAAGACAUGGACUAGCAUUCAGCUUACCAUGUAUUUUACUUUUCCUCUGCUUUUAUAUGUCAGUGUUUUUAGUAGCAUCUUUGUUCAUACUGGUUUGCUAAAAAACAAAAAUAAAUUAUCUGUUCCUAAGCUACUCCCUUACCUUUCAGUUUUGAAUAAAUAUCUCAAGCAUGAACCAAGUUAGCAUCUGCACUCAUAUGCACUUGUUCCUUUAAAUUUCAAGGCUUGUAAGGAUUUAGGGAAACUCAAAGGUAGUAAGAUUGAUGUUAUUUGCCUUCACUUCUAUUUCUUGUUUGGUGGGUGCCCAGAUUGUAUUGACUAGAAUCAGGCUGUUCUAUGAAGUUACUGCACUUUGUGCCACUUCUCCCAGCAUGCCUCAUAGCAGCCAGUGAUGCACCAAAGUCAAAGUCCUACCUGUGGUAUUGCACAAAAUGUUUGUGGUGCAAGGUUAGCUUAGCAGCUUGAAGUACUGUAGAAAUAUGUAUGUGUUCAAAACUGGAGGUUUCAUAUCUCUCCAGACAAUAGGCGUAUAGGUUGGUGUUCUAUACACUUGCCUUAUGAAUUUAAACAAGACUGAUUUUCAUGUAUUUAGUUACAGUGCUAUUAGAAAGAAAACUGAAAAGGUUUUUUGGAGACUUCUUGUUACAUUAAUCUUGUUCAGGAAGAAUUGCAUUAGUCAAAGAGCUAUAAACAGUUAUUUAAGGUUUGAAAUAACAACUACACAUAUUAAGCACAGAUGGCUAGGGAGAAGUGUUAUGUGUGCAAGCAAUGUUCUAAAAUGUAUCAAACUAGUUCAGUGAGUACAACUUGUUACACUUUUGGUUGGGACAAGUGCAAUAUGUGUUUAAUUUAUAUGAAUUUUCUAAAGAAAUCUUAUAGCAUUUUGCACUGUAACAAAAUAUGCUGGAGAAACCUGUAAAACUGGUAUGUCUUUUUAUACCUUGAAGGUAUGUUGGAUGUUUUAGUGCCUACUUGCACUGAGAUUCAAAUUGAAUAUUAAAUCUGUCUACUAAGCUGCAUAUGCACAACUCUCAGCACAGACCAUUUACCCCUUUGUACAAUAAUUAUUGUAUAUAAAAUUGAGGGAAUAAAUUUUUUUAAAAUUUUGA